AUGUCUGCAGCAUCUCCUCAGAGUGAAGCAGCCAACUGCGAAGCCUUCUUUUGGGAGCCCCAACUUGUUAUUUUCGGCCACGAUGGAAAACUGGAUGCGGUUGGUCCUUCCAAAGAAUUCAUCAGCAGUCAUACUUUUUCUGCUGCAAAGUCAACUGAAGACAAAGAUGCUGUCUGUGAACACGAAUCCCAGUUGGAUACUUUUCCAGUUGAGGGAUUGGAUUUUUGGACUGACACUUGGGGAUCAUUUUUUGAACUAAAAGGGCAGAAUACAUUAAAACUUGAUUCCAAGAAAGAACUUUCUAGCAAAGAUUGUGACUUAACAGAUAGCAGUAGUAAGAAAGGUGGAGCAGUAUUAUCUCAACCUCUUAGAGCUAGUCUAUUUCCAGGUGAUUCUCAAGUUGUUACAAAUGUAAGUCAUGAACUUGAAAAUAUUGAAACAUCAAGGGAAACAUUAUCUGCACAUGAAGAAGCUAGUAGUUCAGUUACAAAUAUUGAAAGAGAUACAAAAGCAGUAGAUAGUAACAUAAAAGAAAAUAGUAAUGAACAACAGUCAUCACUAGUUACUACAGAUUUCCAGUCGAAUUAUCCUUGUUCUGUAGGGAAUGGAAAUGAAAUGUCUGAAAAAUUUGAUAAUAAACUAAAAGAAAGUGAUGAAUUUGUCUGUGAUAAUCAACCUUCUGAAACCAGUAAAACUGUGAAUAGUUCUGUUGCUAGUGAUUUAAUUAGAGUUCCUGAAGAUGAAUUGUUUUCUGAGAGUUGUAAAAAUGAAUGUACAGAAACAUCUAAAUCUCUUCUUGAAGAAUCAUGUAUUUUUUCUGAGAAAACCAGUGAGCAUGAAGGAAGUUCAGAUAAAUAUUUUUCUGAUUCAGCAGAACCUACUUCUGAAUCAAUUCAGUCCUCAGCAUCUAACAUAAUGACUUCAUCACAGAAUUUUCUAUAUGAUAAUAAUAAUUUUUCUUCAAGAAAUGAUUUCUCUCAUUGUAAUGCUGAUAUUAAUGUCAACUGGGAGUGGGAUCACGUAUCAUCAGAUAUGUAUGCUCUUGCAGAGAAUUCUUAUGCAAGAGGUGAGGAUGAUUUAAAUCUCCAUGAAGCAUGUAAACUUGAAAAUUCAAAUACUUCUUUUAACACAGAUGAAAUAAAUUCAUUUCCUGAGAGUGAUAUUUGGGUUAAAAAGGGAAAAUCAUUUAUUACUGUACCACAAAGUACUACAAACGAGGAGCAAAUUUCACAUAGUGAUGGUAGUAGUAACAGUAGCAAAGAUUUUGAUGAUACUGAUACUACAGAAGUUAAAGAAUAUGAUGCCAAAUCUUCAAGCAGCAGCAGUUCUCAUACUACAUCAUCUUGUUCAUUUGUUAAAUUUGCUGUUGAGGGUAAUGAUAACAUUAUGCAUCGUGGCCAGUCGCCUGUAUCUGUAACUACAUCUGAGAGAUCUGAUAUCACAAAGCAUGAAUCGGAGCAGAAUACGUCAGGAGAUGAAAAUGAAACUGCCACAUCUUCUGAUAUUGAAAUUCUGUCUCCACCUAAUGGAGAAAACGAUGACCGUAAUGCUUCUCCUUUAAAGCAUAUAUGGCUUUCUCGUCCCUUCAGGGUACGUAGAUCUGAAAGUCCACCAUCAGAUAGCAGUAAAGAAAGUUUAAUGCCUGUUGUGCGGGAAAUGGAAGAGGCUAAUAGUGGAGUUGAAAAUAUUUUACCUGAUGCAUUUCAUAGUAAUAAUGGGCAAAAGAGUUUGGGCCACAGAAGUUACGGUGAAGAUGAUCAGUAUAAAAAAUGUCAGAGGCUUCAACAGGUAUUGCAGGAAAAGGAAAAGAAAAUAGAUGAAUUAAACAAAGAAAUUAUUGAACUGCAAGAAAAUGAACAAAGGCUUAAAAAUUUAGUACAAAAGAUGAGAAUAGAGCAAACCAAAGAGUCUAAAGAUAUAGCUGCUUUAACAAAAGAAUUUACACUAAGGCUUGCAUUAGUUGAAAAACAGCUACAAGAUGCUAAUAAGGAGAGAGACAGUCUUCACAUUCAACUUGAAGAAGCUAAAAUUGAAAUUGCUAGAAGAAUUUCAGCUGCAGAUAUUGAAGAAGUAAUAAAAGAAAAAGACCAACAAAUAAUGGAACUUACAGAAGAAGGGAAAAAAUUAUCAAAAAAGGAGCUUCAACAGUCCACUCUAAUAAAAAAACUGAGGGCUAAAGAGGAAGAAAUGGAAAAGACAAUUAAGUCACAAGCUGAAAAGGUUGAAGAAAAUACAAAAGAAGUUGAAAGGCUAAGAAAAUCCAUUGGUGCAAAAGAAGAACAAGAAAAAAAGCACAUUGAUGCUAUCCGACAGCUAACAAAUACGGUGAAGAAGCUUGAAAAGGAAGUUUCUAUUUUACAGAGUAACCUGGAAGAUAGCUCAGAAAGAGAAUUAAGUUUAAAGAAGUCACUGGAUAGUACAUACAAGGAUCUUACUGAGUUAAGGAAAUCUUACGCAGAUAAAGAGAAUGAAGUAGAGUCAUUGAAAUCUGAACUAGAGGUUGAAGCCAGAGAAAAUUUAAUGCUGAUGUUGCAAAAUGCCAAUAAGGAAGCUGCUAGGGAAAAAGAAAUUUUGCUUCUUCAAAUAACUGAAUUGAGAAAUACUGUUUCUAAUAAUGAAGAAGAGGCGAGCUUAAGAGAAAAAAUGCUUAAAGCUGAAAUUGCAGCAUUGCAAAAUAGAUUGCAAGAGGCUGAAGAGCGAAAUGAAGACUUAACAAAAAAUGUAUCAUCAGCAACAAGGCCUUUAGUUCGACAAAUUGAGAAUCUUCAAGCUACAUAUAAUGCACAUAUAAUUUCAUGGGAGAAAACAGAAGCAAAUCUCACUGAUAGAUUAAGAAAUGCUCAAAAUCAGCUUGCAGUCUUGUCUGAAAAAGAGCAUAGUCUUUCUGAAAAAUAUUUAGAAUGCCAAACCAAGGUUACUGCUCUUGAUGCUCAAAAUAGUGCUUUGAGACAAGAAAAGUUGCAGUUGUCAACAGAAUUUGAAUCACUAAAAUCCAAAAUAGUAGUACUGGAAGAAAAACUGAACAAGAAAACAUGCACAGUGGAAACAGCAAAGCAGAAUUUAAAUUUAGAAUUAUCAAAGCUAAAAAAAGAAAAGGAAAAUUUACACAAUACAAUGGCAAAUUGUUUAGAGCAACUAGAUACUGAAAAAAGAAAAGUUCAGAAAUUAGAAGAAGAGUUGAAAUUGAGGGAUGUGAGAGCAGCAAUCAUGUCAGGCAGCUCACCAUGUCCUUCACCAACUGGUUCUGUUAGAAGCUCUGUGAGUAGUAUUCACAACUGGUCACAGGAUGAAGUCCAUGAUCAAGGAAUGCACACUCCUGUGAAUAUGUACAGAUUGUCUGUGUAUGAAUCAUUACGAUUAGGAAGUGGCUCUUCUUUGCUUGAAAAUCUCCAAUCACAGCUAAAACAGAGAGAAGGUGAAAACUUUCAACUACAGUGUGAAAUUUCCAAAUUAGAAAAAUUAAAAGAAUCAAUGGCUGAAGAAUUAGUUCAGUUAUCUGGAAAAAUUGAAGAGCUUGAAAAGCAAGUCAUGAAUUUAAAAUCUUUUGAAGAAGACUACAAGGACCUCAAUCAAAAAUAUAAUACUUUACUACAAAUGUAUGGAGAAAAAGUUGAAGAAACUGAAGAAUUACAAUUAGACUUGGCUGAUGUGAAAUCUAUGUAUAAAGCUCAAAUUGAAGAAUUAUUGGUGAAUAAAUGAAGUCAUACACAUUUGCAUAAAUGCUAGCCAAUUCUGUCUUCUACAAUGUGUAUUGAAGAAGCACUGGGUAUUGAAAACACGUCACAUGUGUUUGGAACGUUAAAAGAUGUAUUAGUGUGAAUAAUUAUAUGUAUAUAUUAUUAUUAAUAUUAUUCUUAUAAAGUAUAAAUAUAAUAAAUUAAUUUAUAAUACUUGAAA